AUGGUAUUUAAAAAACAUGGCGGACCAUCUGAUGAAAUGUCAAGGACUUCAAAAUGCAAGGUGACCGUAGCUCUCCUCGCUUCCAUUUACCUAGUUCUUACAAUUUAUGCACUUAAAGUCCUUCUGUCGAGCGAGGAUGAAGCAGCAUUUCCAAAACCAGUUGUCGCGCAGUCUACCCAAAAAGUUGCCAAUGCGUACAAGUCAAGACCAUCGCAACAUUCGAUUGAUGUAGAAAUUUGGGGGAAAGCGGCCAUUGGGUUGUAUCUUUGGGAGCAUAUCCUCGAGGGUCCUUUAGAGGAGAGGCUUGGAGGAGUGUGGAGUUAUGGACAAAAGCAGAUUCGCACUGUGAGGUUCACCUUUCGCACUGGCCCAGGCGUUGUUCCUGAGAAAGUCCCAAGACAAGCUAGAAAUGUUGUGCUCGUUGGUAACGGACGAGAACCAAAAAAGGUUGAGUUCGCGCGAACCUGGCUUGAUUCCCUUAAAAAUCUUCCAAAUCUUCGUCAUGUAGCAGUCGUAAUUUUGGGAAAUGAGCGGUGCGAAAAUGAUUGGUUGUUUCCAUACAUGCAAAUUCAUGGCGGACUUAUUCAAUUUGCUUUUAUUGUUUAUGACAUCCCGUACGCCGAUUCAAAAACCUUUUACCAGUGGCCAUUGGGAGUAGCCACGUACAGGAAUUUCCCAAAUGUCUAUUUUAUGUCUGUUGAUGCUCAAAAACGGCGAAAAUUUAGGUGCAAUUUUCUAGGUACUCUUUAUCCCAAUUCUUCUCGCAUGGUGCUGCAACGGGUUAUAAAUAAGUUUGGUCUUGACAGUGUCUGUUUUGUGAAGACAAGAGAUAGUUGGGCACCAGCCGAGACAGCUGAAUCAGCGAAUGACUUCCGUUAUGCUUUAGCUAACAGUGACUUGACUCUCAAUCCUGUGGGAAUGAAUACUGAAUGCUAUCGCAUAUACGAAGCUUGUUCUUAUGGAUCAGUGCCAGUGAUUGAAGAUGUGGUUACACCUGGAAGAUGUAAAAAAGAUACUAUGUCUCCUUUGAAUCUGUUGAAGACUUUUAAGGCUCCAUUUAUUUAUCUCAAGGAUUGGAGAGACCUACCCAAGAUCAUAGAGAAUGAGAUGCGCUUAUCUCAUGAGGAGAUUGUUAAUAGACGGCUUAAGAUAUUACAUUGGUACAAAACUUUUAAGGAUACAUUAAGAGACAAGUUUGUUGAUGUAAUACAAAAUACAUUUUCUGAAUAA